CAAUUACAACAAUGAACAGAUGAAUAGAAUGAAAGAUAAAUAGCUUUGCCUGCUCAAAAGUUCUACAGUGUGAUUCCCUCCUUUAUAAAGUUUUGUUCAGACUGUUGACACUGUGAUCAUCUUCACUGGAUCUGCUGACACAACAGUGCCCCGUGUAGUGAAGAAAUGGAGCGUGGAUUGAUCCUGUUGUCUGCUGCUCUGAUGGUGUUUGUGGUGCCAGGUCAGGCUAAGUUAUACGUUGGCAAACGGACUAUGGGAUACGUCACACAAGACGGUUGUGGCACACAGAAAGCGUGCACGGACGCAGAAAUAUUUUGUGCAUCUGGACCGGACGUCUGUGUGUUUGCUUCUUUGGCUUUCACUGCGACACAGUCUGAAGCCGAAAGGGAACUGUUCAUCAAAGUCAGAGGAGAUGUAAAUGACGCUAAAUUCGUUGGACUGUGGCUGCCAUUGGAGGAUGACAGCCCAGUCUUCAUCUGUGCUAGGAAUAGCACAGGCCAUUUUGUCUUCAAGGUGAAGGCCAGGUCUGUGUAUGAGCUCAGAAAUUUAGAGAAGGAUGUGAGAGAUAUCCAGGGUUCGGUGGAAGGCCAUGUGAUCCAGUGUGAAUUCAAAGUCAAGAUGAGUGAAGUCACCCCCGAUGUCCCCGUAGGCACAGUGUACGGCGAUUUUAUUGGCGAUGGUCCUGCUACUAUUGAUGACCUUGGGUCCGACUUCAGUGCUAUGCUGACUGUACCCGUGAUGUCCGCAGAGGAAUCGGGAGCCAGCCGUCUUUUCCACUCUCAUGCCUUGACUGUCCUGCUGACCGUCCUCACAAUGUUUGCCAUGCACAGCGCCUGAGUGAGCGAGGAGGAGGAGGAUGAAGAGGACUAGGAGGCGACUGUUACAAUACUGUUACAAUUUCAACAGAAAUAAAAACAGACUUUAAAAAAAAUUGUAACAAACAUGACUAAUAAAAUAAAAAUUGUAUCUGUGGAAAUGAAUGCUUAA